AUGGUGCCAGAGAAGUAUGUGCGAUUGAUACAAGAGAUGUACCGGAAUGUAUUUACCAGAGUGAGAGGCAGUGUUGGGAGACAGAAGGUUUUGAGUACUCUGCAUCUUAUUUCUCCUUCCCAGAAUCUGUGCCAGAGAAUCCUCGAUGAUGAAAAGGCCCUCAAAUCAAGGAUUAAUAACAGAAUUGUUUCCAACACAGAGAAAAUUAUUAAGCUUAGUGAGGAACUUUGUGUAACACCGCCAGAAGAUGGUGUUGAUGGUCUGGCUCUUCUCGAUUUAGAUGCCCUGUUACAAGAACGCUUAGAUAAACUAGAGCAAAUGAAAGAAGAGAGACUAGAGACACUGAAGGAAUUGCAAGAGAAGGAUGAGGGCCUCUGCGAAUUAUUGUGUGAAACUCCAUACUUCAUACCACAAAAUCUUGUGCCAACUUUAGAAGAUUUAAGUAAUGUAGAAAAACACAUCAAGUCUAUGGAAAAAGAAAAGGAAGAAAGAGAGAGAACUUUUGCCACUUUGAAAGUAGGUGUACUGGAAUUCCUACAGGAGCUAGAGCAGUCUCCCGAAGAUUCAUUUUUACAGCAAGUAGUAUGUUUAGAUGAAGAUGAAGAUGUUCCUCUGGGAAAGGCUGAUAUGCAGCAGUUAAGGACAGUUCACAGUGACCUGGAAUUCAAAGUUCGGGAGAACGAGGCAAAGUCCUUGGAAUUACGCGAGACAAUAAAGCAUUUGUGGGAUCUCCUUCAGGUUCCUGUGGAGGAGCAAGAGGCAUUCUUGGCUACAGCACCUAAGCACACUCCUUCAAGUAUUGCAAAGUUACAGGAAGAAUUAAGGAGACUCAGAGUGUUGCGCCAGCAAAACCUCUCAUUGUUCAUUGAGAAAUUGCAAGAAGAGCUGACAGAAUGGUGGGAGAAGUGCUUUGUUGGGGAAUUGGAACGUGAAGGUUUCACAUCGUCGCAUCCAGGUACUGAUGAAGCGGUCCUUGAUGCGUAUGAGAAAGAAGUUCAGAAAUGGAAAAAAUUCCAUCAAGAGCAUUAUGGAAUAUUAGAAAUGGUCAAUCAGUUUUUGAGCUUAUAUGUUCAGAUGUGGGAACUUGAAGAGAAAGCCAAAGAUCCAAGUCGCCUUUUCAACACAAGAGGUGGAGCACUACUCCAGGAGGAGAAAGCCAAAAAGAAAGUGAGAACUGAAUUACCGCGAGUGGAAACACGCCUCAUAGAGCUCGGAAAGGAAUGGGAGGAACGUGAAGGCAAGCCAUUUGGCAUUUAUGGAACACCUCUGGAAGAACACAUCAAAUCAUUGUGGGAAAAACAUGAAGCUAGAAGAGAACAAGAAAAGAACAAGAAGCAAAAUGAGAAGAGUAACCUUGAUACUAAACCACGCAUGUACAAAGGUACUACUCCGGCAAAGACACCAGUUUUAUCUAGAAAGAGGAUGCAUGGUGGAGAGGAUCCUGUCAGUUCUAAGAAGCCAAAACAUUGUAAUCUAGCCCCAAAUCCUUCACCCACCAAAUUACCACCCAGCAUUUCCCCCUUGAAGGGCAUGCAAACACCUCGUGCCAGACCACUGACAGAGCGAAAUGGCCAAGUUCCUGAAGGACUUGUUUCUAAGCCUUCUGGUAGGUCUCAUAAACCAAUUGAAGAGUUGCAGUCAACCAUAACAUAUGAUACUUUUGAGAAGGGAAUUGGAAGUAAAAGAGGCAAUGAAGUUGUUCAUUCCACAGUUUUGGGAUUGGAUCUCUAGAGAACAGCAAUUUCUCAUGUUAUGUUCCAGCAAAUGUCUGAUCAAGCUUCAGGUUUGUUUGAAUUGAAGAAAAUUAUAUGCACACUUACAUAAAUAACAUAUAUUGAACAUGAACUGCAUUUGUAUAAAAUCAUCUAUUACUAAUUACAUUUUACAAAAUUUAAAUUUAUAGGCUUCAAUGAUUGUCAUCUCACCUUCCUCUGUAUCUGUUUUAUCAGAAAUGGUUUAAGUGGUUGUAUAACUGAACAAAAUUAUUUACUGCUUUAUCCAUGUUCUUUACAAUUAAUUGACUUGGAGAAGUUGCCAGGAAAAACUGAUGCUAAGAGAAAUACUCUGUAUCCAUUUGUGUGCACAAAAUCUGAUUGUCGUAUGACAGAUGUCAAAUGAGCCCGCUUGAAGUAAGUCUUAAAAGGCACAGGUUUUGAUAGCGUUUUCAUCCAGUGCAUCUUGAUCCCUAAAAAUGUCAUGAUUAUUAAACUGCUGUGAGGUACUUUUAAUUUAAUUGGUGUUUUUUUAAAUGGUUUUACCAAGUUGUUCUAGCUGAUAGGAAGGAAAUUAAAUUUACCAGAUCUUAAGAAUAACUGGAUCUGUUUUACUGUAUUCAUUAAUGAAUAUUUGUGUAUGAAACAAAACCUCAUACAAUUAAGUUCCUUUGUCUAGGCUUUUUCUAUGUCACUAGUUAGAAAGCUCACAUUUAAGACAUUCAUGCAACUUAAAAACAUGAAAGUGAAGUGGUAGAUGCAAAAUAUAUUUUAUUUGUACAUUAUUACCAGCUUUGCAAGUUUUUCACUACAUUUGUCUUAGGAUUUUCUUCCGGGUACAAACACCUCUUGUCUUUCUGUACUUAAUAUAGAAAUCUAUGUGGUCUGAGUGCUUUUUAUUUAUUUUUUUUAUGAGAGUUAGGCUGAAGUGAAUGUAUGUAAAUAUGAACCAUAUAAUAUAGCUUUACAAAGUAUAUUUUUGUGAGCAAGCCAUUAGCUGCUCUUUUUUAUGCCAUUUAGAAACAAUGUUUUUUUAGGUUAAUCAUUUUUAUAAUUGCUAAGGUAUCUUGUAUAGUAGCUUACAUAGGAUAUGAAGUAAUUUAUGUUAGCUUACAUAGGAAAUUUAAGGAUUUAAUUUCAAAUUCAUAAAUCACAUUCUCUGUAGUAGUUUUGCUUCAUGCAAAAGAAUUAGUAUUGUUACUGGGAAACGUUUAUUUGAAAAGCAAACUUUUUCUUUGAUUUACUUAGGAAUUAAGGGAAAAAACUAUCAGUUAUGGUUAACAAAAAGCACCAAGGUUGUAGGUAAUUUCCCCUUUCAAUAUUGUAAAUGCAUCAUAAGAAUUUCAGCCUUGUGAUUAACUUUUUCUUUUUAAUGCCAUUGGUAGUUCACAGCAAAUACUGACACAAAAAAUGAAUGCAGGUAAUGGGCAAAUGGAACCUCCCAGAACCUUUAAACAGUGUGAUGUUUUAUUAGAAAAUUUUUUGUAUAUAGACAUUAUUUAAGGAGUAUAUUUAACACAAGUUUAAUUUUUUUUUAAUCCAAAGGCAUUAUAUUGUAUAAAAAUUGUCAAGGUUUAGUGUGUCAUUAGUAAUAAAAAAUGUACUUUGUUGAGUAUAAUGUUCUGAUAAACAUUGUGAACAUGGUGUAUGCACACACUAACCAAAAUAGUAAGUGUUAUUACACAAAAGCAAACCAGAAUCAUAGAUAUGAUUAAUUAGUGUUGUUCAGGUUUCCAUAUUGUAUGAGCUCUUGCAGUUUUAUUGUGUCAAUUGUAAUACUGUAUUUCUGUGUUGGCUUACUCCUGUCACCAUAUGCACUGAGUAAUUGAAGUGUUGAUAAUUUUCUAGUUUUCAUGAUGGAUCUCUUAAUAGUAUUCUAAAAGUCCUCUCAAACAAAUGCAUUCAAGGCAUCUUUGUCAGGAAUAAUCGUCUUCAUAUACAUGUAGUAAGUCAUACGUGACAAGUAACCUGCAUGUUAUUCCUCCGAGUGACGCCUAUCCAAUAUUAUUUUUAUAUAAAAUGCUUUCAUUAUAACCCCGUUAUCAUAAAUGUGCCUUAUUUUGCUGCCUUUGAGUCCCAAAAUUUACCUUCCAUGAGUAUUUUAAACAUGAAAGUCCUGAACAUGCUUACUAAGGGUCACUUUUAUGAGAUUGUGUAACAGCUGUCUAGCAUUUUCAACUGGUGUUUGCUUCAGCUGACUUCUUCCACUAUUGGGUUUAUUUCUGUAUAUGAAUUUUACAAAGGAGCCUUUGGGUAUAGUAGUUUGUAUUUUGGUGUUUGCCAAAUAGCAAUUACUUAUCUGCUGUGUUGGGAGGUAUUUUUUCUUGGUAGUGAAGAACCAACAAUCAUCAGCUGAAGUCUUGACUCUGCUCUUCAGUUAUGUUACUUCCCAUGUCCAAUGGCUCAAAGAUUAGUUCUGCUGCAUGUUAUGAACACUUGUAGACUUUUCAACUCAAGUCACAGUGCAAGCAGAAGUACAUCACCUAAUAGUCAUGACUGCCACCACUCAUUGUCCAGCUAUAACUGAUUGCUCCAGCAGCCGGGAAGUGAUAAAAAAUUGUGGAGACGACCAUGGGAUGAGCUUCAAUUUUGACAGAAUAUUUUCAUGUCAAGGCUUUCAGUGGACUUCAGCUAAGAGACUAAGGUUUGAUUCUGCUUGUAAAAUGAGGACUACAAGGACCAGUAAUGUAGAAGCAGGGGAAUUACCUGAUCCCUACCCUUCCAAGUAGUACAUGCUUCUUCAAGGGUAACACUUCCAUUCAGAUGCCUGGAUCUUUCCCUCCUUGAAGGAUUAGCUCUCUCAAGCCCUAAAACCCAUUCAUCCCUCAUCUGAGGAUGAGAAAGCCAGUAGGGUCUUCCUUGAGAGUAUCUCUUUUGUAAAAUCUAGCUUUCAUUUAAUCUUCCAGGUAAUCUAUGGCUUACUCCCUUCUCAGGAAGAAAGAAGCAACCACAAAUGUGUCGGCAGCUGCUGCGUUUGCAGUACUUAUGGCUACCUUGUCUGCUGCAGGCAAUCCUCCUGUGGUGGUUAUGUUAGCUGUAGCUUACCUUGUAGGUGUUGUGAUUUCUGUGUCAUGGUCUUCCUCCAUAUCCCUACACUUCCUCAUUUAAGAAUUUCAGGAGGACUUCUUAUGCUAGCUCUUCCUCUUGACUGGAGAGCAGAGGUGUCAGUUCACCAGGUGAUCAUCUCACCUCAGGCAUGGCUGUUGCCACCACACAUGUUGCACCUCAUGUUCACCUUCCAAAGUAUGUAGAGGAGACCGUGUACUUCCUUGUCCCUUUGCAAAUGCAUGCUCUCUGGGGUGUGUGUACUCCAAUCUCACUUGCUCGAAGGAGAGCUCUUUGGUCUCGUCCACCUCUUGUGUAUCACCGCAUAAGAGGGUUGCUGCUAACUCUGGCUUUUCCUUUAUUCUUACUUGGUUUCAACAAAGUACUAUGGGAGUGUCAAGAAUUGGGUUAGAGUAACACAAACCCCAUUCAGCAUGUAACAAGUGCCCAACUUUAAAUGCCCUCGAGUGUGGUUACCCCACACCGUCUUCAUAAAACAAUGUGACAGUUGCUGAGAAAUACUUGAAGACCAUAAAUGGGAACUUGCAGACUGCAAAAUAAAGUAUAUACACAAUUAAUGGGGUUUGUCCUUUAAUUUAAAGGGCUUCAUUCAUUAUACAAUUCAUUGCACAAACUGUUUAGUAUAAAUGGUAGUAUGUUGUACAUUUCUAGAACUAACAACUAAUUUUGUAAAGCAGCCUUUAAUGUAAUACAUAGUUAACUGGCUAAUGGUUUUUAAAAGAAAUUACUCCCCACUAGGAAAGACACGG